AUGGCUUCCACCACCACUCGUCCCCGUACCGGACUCGAGAAGUCAACCCAACCGGAGACUGAACUCCUCCUCUCGAAGGCACUAUCGUCGUUCUCUUCGCUGGUUAUCUUACAGUUCGUCUCGCGCAUCUUCACCUUCGUACUGAAUCAAGCCCUCGUUCGUCUCGUAUCGCCACAAGUCUUUGGCACAGCGGCCAUUCAGUUCGAGCUGCUCCUUUCCACCAUCCUAUUUCUCUCUCGUGAAGGCGUCCGAAAUGCACUCCUUCGCUCAUCGAGAACGUCUCCCGAGAAAUCUCGGGAUGACGGCGAGCGUAAUGGUCUUGCCAACAUAUCCACCCUGCCUAUUAUAUUUGGUGUACCUGCUGCUGCUCUAAUCACUAUUAUCUAUGUCAAAAAUGCUUCAUCAACUACGACAUCCCAGUCUUAUUUCUACUCGGGCGCGGUUGUCUAUGCUCUGGCAGCGUGCAUCGAGUUAUUGUCCGAGCCUCUGUAUGUCCGUGCCCAAAAUGAUUUACGCAUCGACCUUCGAGUAAAGGCUGAAGGAUGUGCGGUCGUGAUGAGAACGAUUGUUACUUUCCUUUCUUUAGUAGCGGGGUCUGCAGAUUACGCGCUCAUGGCUUUCGCACUGGGGCAAGCCGCGUAUGGGGUAACCGUCUUCGCAAUCUAUCUGUACGCAUAUCAAGGCAGCCUUUAUCUCUGGCCGCAGAGGUUCACCACGCUGGUGCAUGGCAACAAAACCUCGAAAUACUUUGAUUCUGCGUUAUUGAAUCUCUCCAUUGCAAUGACGGCCCAAUCCUUCAUCAAGCAUUUCCUCACCGAAGGCGACAAAUUCCUGCUCUCGCGCUUUAGUCCACUAGCUGAUCAGGGUGGAUAUGCCGUUGCCUCUAACUAUGGCUCUAUGGUAGCUCGAAUUGUGUUCCAACCCAUCGAAGAGACGUCGCGUGUAUUCUUUUCAAAGACGCUUUCCAAGCAAUCAAACAUCGAGGGCCUUCGAGCAGCAUCCAGCAUGCUUCUUUCGCUGUUGCUUCUCUUCACGCACAUACUGCUGGUUCUUGUCGCGUUUGGGCCCCCCUACCUCGCGAUUGCCAUUGUCAUACUUCUCCCAUCAAAAUAUCACCAUACUUCAGCGCCAACCAUUCUGCGCACCUACGUCUACUACAUCCCAAUGAUGGCAUUUAAUGGCGUCCUUGAGGCUUUCUUUGCCUCUACUGCCUCGUCCACGGAUCUCCGAACACAGAGCAGAUGGUUGUUCAUGUUCUCUGUCGGAUUUAUUGGUGCUGCUGUGGGCCUGGUGAAGGGCCUCGACUUCGGUGAUGCUGGGCUAAUCUGGGCGAAUGUCGCGAAUUUGUUCUGCAGGGCACUCUAUGCUUGGGUAUUCGCGCUACGAUACUUCCGCGAGAAGGGAAGCCCUGAGCUCAUCAGCUGGAGACAAGUCGUGCCUCCCCCUUCCGUUCUCUUAGUCUUUGGAGUCUCGUCAAUCGCGAUGCGAUGGAGCGAGGCAAAAUAUUUGGUUUCCUCCCGAGAUGUCACAGCACAUCUAGAGCAUAUCGGUUUGGGCGUAGGCUGCCUCGCAGCGUGUUUGAUUGCUUGGUAA